UCGAGGCUUUAUAUGUCUGCUUCUUGGAAUCUUGCUACCGUUGCUGCGGCCAACCUGCAGCUGCCACUAAACUCAACACAGGCUGUUAUAGAGUUGCUAGAGAAGGAGAACACCGUGCCGUUUAUUGCGAGAUAUCGAAGGGAAGUGACAGGCGCUUUGGACGAGAACGAAAUACGAAAAAUUGAUAGAGAACGUCGACGACUGUCAACUGUCAUUGUGAAGCAAGAGAAUGUCGUCAAGACGUUGAAAAAGACGGGCAACUGGUCUGCUGGUUUAGAAAACGAGAUACUACAUGUCACAUCUAUAGAGGAAAUUGAGGAAAUAUAUGAGCCAUACAAGGAAAAGGGGAAGAAGAGCCUGGCGGUGCAGGCAAUAGAGUUAGGUCUAUUGGAGGUGGCUGAAAAGACGCUGCGUGAUCAAAUCACAAUGGACUGGACUCGCUAUGUGGAUUACUCAAAAGAAGGUCUGAAAGCUGUAGAUGAUGUGAGAACUGGUGUGAAACAUGUGAUUGGUGAUAUUAUUGCUAAGGAUACGACCACAAGGCAGGAGCUGAAAACUCGUGUGACCCACUUUGCAGUUUGGGAAAGCAAGCUUUCGAAGAGCAAGAAGCAAGCAAAUGAGAGCGUGAAAAGAAAGUACGAACAAUAUUACGAGUUUUCAAAAUUAGCGAAAAUGAUCAAACCACACCAGGUACUUGCUAUGAACAGGGGAGAAGAACAGAAGGUCUUGUCUAUCAAGAUUUCUUUACCAGAUCAUGUAGAGAAAUCAUUUCUAAUAUGGUCCCAGCAUCACUGGAUGAAGAGCCAUGCCAGUGAGCAAGCAGCUCAUCUUAUAUCCGAUGCAAUUCAAGAUUCUUACUCAAGACGACUGCUACCUAAACAGCUUAGAGAUCUCAGGCGAUUAGAAACAAGGAAGGCUGAACAAGAAGCGAUAUCAACGUUUUCGUCUAAUCUUUGUAAUGUUCUGAUGACUGCUCCGGUCCGAGGAGCCACAGUGUUAGGCAUCGAUCCUGGUUUCACACACGGAUGUAAAAUGGCAGUCGUCGAUCCAUCUGGACGAAUACUUGGCACGUCUAUAAUGUAUCUAACUGGAAGGAAAGGUGAUGCUGUGGAGUUGGAGCAAAUGAUCAACAUCUACAGAUGUACAGUGAUUGCUAUCGGCAGCGGAAAAGGCGGCCGAGAGACAGAGCAAUUGGUUAGUCGUGUCAUCCGGAAACAAAGUAUGUGGAAGAAAGAUCUCGCAUUUUGUGUUGUCAACGAGGCCGGCUCGUCUAUUUACAGUGUGUCUAGUGAGGCACAAGAGGAGAUGCCUGAUCUUGAACCGAAUUUGCGAAGUGCCGUAUCCAUUGCCAGACGGUUGCAAGACCCACUGGCAGAAUUAGUAAAGAUAGAUCCGAAACACGUCGGAAUCGGACUCUACCAGCACGACAUGCCUAAGAAAUCGCUUGAGGAAGCUGUCGAUGCUGUGGUCGAAGAUGCUGUUAGUUUCGUCGGGGUUGAUCUCAAUACCUGCAGUGAAGCUUUACUGCGACGAGUCGCUGGGAUAGGCGACAAGAAAGCGAAGGCAGUGAUUGAGUAUAGAAAUGAGAAUGGAAAUUUUAUCAAUCGAUUUCACUUGAAGAAUGUGAAAGGGAUAGGCGAAAAGACGUUUCAACAAUGUGCCGGUUUUCUUCGAAUUCAUUGUCCUGCAGUAGUCGAUCAGUCAGACUCAAUGAGUUUGGUACCAUUGCAAGAGGUUUCGGAUGGACGGAAUCGUGGAAAGAGAAAGGCAAGGUUUGUUGGGAGUUCUGACUGUAAGAGGAGGAAGAAGGAUGAAGUGGAUCAGGUGGAACUGUUGGAUGGGACGAAUAUUCACCCUGAGUCGUAUGAAGCUGCAAAGCAGUUGUUGAGUUGUAUUGGGGCAACGACGAGUGAACUCGGGAAAUCUACAUUGCAGGCUAAACUUUCUGCUUAUGUGAAACAGCAGAAGAAAGACGUUGCCUCUGAGAUCGGCGUCGGGGAGCCAACACUUCAACUAAUAGUCGAUGCUCUACAGCAACCAUCCCGUGAUGUCCGAUCCGAUUUCAACAAACCAGUCUUCAGGAAUGCGGCAAUUUCGAUAGCAAACAUGCACUGUGGAAUGACUCUGUCGGGUUGUGUCGUGAACGUCGUGCCAUUUGGAGCUUUUGUAGAUGUUGGAGUUGAGAAGGCAGGCCUCAUACAUAUCAGUGCCAUGAAGGGUCGAGAUCUGAAAGUCGGGGACACCGUGAGCGUGUCAGUGUUGAGCAUUGACAAAGAGAGGCAAAGACUAUCUUUGCAACUGAACGUUUAAUUAAGCUUCUCAAUGACUCUUUGGCGUUAUUUAUUUUGGUCGAAUUGGCACUGAAUACGUGAAGUGUGGUCUAUCAAUGCUGCAUGAGAUAUUUCAAAGGCAAAAUUUAGACGUACAGUACUUAUUAUAUUUAGCUAAUUGAGCGCAUAUCAAAAGAGUUGUGCUAUUGUCACUAUAUGAAUUAACAAUAAAAGUUUUGCACUUAAUUAAGUUAAGUUAAUUAAUUACCCCAUCCCGGUGGUUUCCAAAACUCCACCUUCCCGAGCGUGCGC